UUUUUAGAUAGGUGUAUUUAGAAAUGUAGGUCAAGCAAAUUUGGUAGUAUAAAUAUCUUUCAUUCUUUGGUUCUCAGUUGAAGAAAUGUAAGAUUAUGUUUUCAUCUUUGUGAAUAAUAUAAAAUCUUCAAAAAAACAACACAGUGAAAUGAAGAGCACCCAUUAGACCUUGGAGAAAGCUUCAAAAUUUGAACUUUGAUAGAGUACGUUUGAACAAGCCCAAAGUUCUCUGAAGACCUUUUGCUAUAAAGCUUAAGAGUUACAUUUGGGGUCAUCAUCAACCUUAGGAGUUUGCCAGGAAAGCUUUGAAUAACACUUUCUUUGGACCCAUGGGAUGUGAUGGAUAAUCUUCAACGUUUAGGUAAUGCAUCAAGCUUCAGGGUUUGCUAUACAAGCUUUGAAUGGCUCUUGGCAUUGCAUACAAUGCUCGUCAAAAUUUGGGCCCAUAAGAUGUGAUGUAUAGUCUUCAAAUUUUAGCCAUUAUGUCGGGAUCAAGAAGCUUUCCAGGCCAGGGCAGCAAAAGCUCUGAGGAUGGUAAUACAGAGGAUUUUCUCACAGCUAUUAUGGCAGGAUCUAGAAGCUUUACAAACCAGGACUGCAGAAGCUGUUUGGAUGGAGAUAUUAAGGAAAAUUGUGUUGUGAGAGAACAAGAUAGAUACAUGCCUGUUGCUAACGUUAUCAGGAUAAUGAGAAAAGUAUUACCUCCUCACGCAAAGAUAGCUGAUGAUGCAAAGGAUACCAUGCAAGAAUGUGUGUCAGAGUUUAUAAAUUUCAUCACCAGUGAAGCAAAUGAACGUUGUAAACAAGAACAGAGGAAAACCAUCACUGCAGAUGAUCUCCUUUGGUCUAUGUACAAGUUGGGUUUUGAAGAUUAUGUGCAUACAUUAACCAUUUACUUACAAAAAUACAGAGAACUUGAAGGUGACCUUCGAGGUUCUUCCAGAGGGGAAAACAUGUCAAAGAAGGAAGUGAAUGAUCUACCAAUUUUUGCUGGUUAUCAAAUGGGUCAUCAAGAAAUUUAUGGUUCUUCCGAAAUGGGAUAUUAUCAGGACAUAAUGAAAGGCUAUGAUAUUAACUAUUAUCCCAAUGAGGAUCCCUUCGCAAAAUACAAGUGAAUUGGGUUAAUCUUGAGAUGUUUUUUUAGCACUCUCUGAGCUAUAAUUAUGCAGGAUUUCCUUUGCUCUCUUAUUGCUUUUGAACUAUCCAAUUACUCUACAAUGCAGUGAAUUACCAUUGUAUAGAAAAUAAGAAUCCUAGAUCUUUGAUUUAGUUUAAAAUUCCCUGAUUCAUCUUUUUUGAUAUCGGUGAAGCGAGCAAUUUCUUAUGCUAACUAUGAGAAUAUUGUAUAUUUUUUAAUAUUAAAACAUUAAACUUUUACCUGGGUUAUUAUGUUUUACGCUGAUAACCUGGCAAUGUUGUACCCUUUUCUUCAUCUUAUAAUAAUUGAAAUUCCUGUUAUUGCUGUAAA